AUGGCUUGUCGUGGUGGCUGCUGUUGUGGUUUUGGUCACUUGAAUGAAGACAAUGGUCGCUUUCUUCUGCUGGCUGUCCUGAUUAUUCUCUACAUGCUUUGCGGAGCCGCUGUCUUCUCUGCCAUCGAGGAGCCCAUGGAGAGGGCAGCCAAGGAGAAGUGGCAGAGCAAACUGGACAAUUUCACCCAAAAAUAUAAUCUCAGCAAAAUGGACCUUCACAACUUCCUGCGGGACUACGAGGAGGCCAACGUGGCUGGAAUUCGAGUGGACGCUAUAAGACCUCGGUGGGAUUUCACGGGGGCUUUCUACUUUGUAGGAACAGUCGUGUCAACAAUUGGGUUUGGAAUGACGACUCCCGCCACAGUAGCAGGGAAAAUUUUCCUUAUCUUCUACGGUCUCGUUGGAUGCGCGGCCACCAUAUUGUUUUUUAACCUUUUUCUGGAACGCUUGAUCACGGUCAUCGCUUACAUCAUGAAGUCCUUUCACGAGAGGCAGCUAAGAAGGAAGGAAGGCCUACCUCCCGAAACGCGCCGGGGUUCUGGUAACUCAGAGGUGGACAGUCUCGCCGGGUGGAAACCUUCCGUGUAUUAUGUGAUGGUGAUUCUAUGUGUGGCCUCCGUCAUCAUCUCCUGCUGCGCUUCCGCCAUGUACUCUCCCAUCGAAGCAUGGAACUACUUCGAUUCACUUUAUUUCUGCUUUGUUGCCUUCAGCACUAUAGGUUUUGGGGACAUGGUCAGUAGCCAAAAAGCCAAAUAUGAGAGCCAGGGACUUUACCGAUUGGGUAAUUUUAUAUUCAUACUCAUGGGGGUCUGCUGUAUGUAUUCAUUAUUUAAUGUUAUCUCCAUAGUGAUUAAGCAAUGCGUCAACUGGAUACUUAGGAAACUAGAAUGCAGGUGUUGCCUGAGAUGCCAAAGAAAACUGUUCAGGUCCAGGAGGAACGUGGUUAUGCCGGGAAAUGUUCGAACUAGACGGAACAUCUCCAUAGAGACAGACGGCGUGUACGAGAGCGAAACGGACGGGAGGAGAAUGUCUGGAGAGAUGAUCUCCAUGAAGGACUUCCUGGCCUCCAACAAAGUCUCGUUGGCAAUCAUGCAGAAGCAGCUCUCGGAGACAGCCAACGGUUGCCCGAGACAAAUCGGGGGGAGCUCCAGACACAAUGGUUUCUCGGGUGGCGUGGGAGCAUUAGCUAUUAUGAAUAACCGGCUGGCAGAAACUAGUGUGGACCGGUGAAAAUCCUUGGCCAGGAAAGAUUGAAAAAAA